AUAGGAAGAUUGCUCUCCACUUCCAGGUUUUAUAAUCUUGUCCGAUUGUAAAAUCAGUGAUUUUAAAUCACGCAUGUAAAUAAUAUAUUAAAUCUGCACCACAUACACAAGUUAGAUUAACUUUGUUGCGAGAAAUGCUAGCGUAACCAUGCAAUUAUCUCCAUGGUACAAGUGCAACACUUGCAGCUUUCUUCUCCCAUCAAAACCUAAGAUUUGCAAACACCUCUUAAACAAGCACAAAAUUAGGGUGCAGAAAAGGAAACAAAACAAUACAGAAUGGUCUGUCGUCCAGCUGUAUCAAAAUUUCAAAGUCAGCUUGUACAAAUUGAAUUUAAACCACGCUGAAGUGGAGGACAUUAUGGAUGAUGAUGAGGACGCUUCCUCUUAUCCAUCCCAUUUAUUUCCAGAAGGUGAACCAAUAAUCGACUCUCCACAAAUUAUUGGCGAAGAUGAAACUCAAAAUUCUGAAGAUGACGAUGAUGACGAGUUUUAUGAAUCAUACAAAUCGUACAACGUAGACCACGACGACGGUACUCUAAAAACUUUCUCCACUCAUCACUUAAACUUUGAGCACGGAAUUUACACCUGCACCGGACCAUUUGACGCCGAGCCGCCAGAGUUGGAAUAUUACAACAGUUCUCCUCCCACCCCUGCUGACCCGCUCGAAUACAGCAACGAAGAUUGUGACAUUCUUAAGAUUGAGGAGGAGGAAUACGCAGACGAAAGUUACUACCUGCCAAGUGACGAUGGCGAUGCCAGCCUCCCGCUACCCUUGACACCGCAACCUUUCCGAGAAGCGGAAGAACCUACCUCAAACCUCAAAAUUACCACCACCAAACCUACAAGUGAACAGAGAGCGAGCCUACCCCCGAAGAUUAAAAUUGGGGAAAUUUUCUCAAACUUUAGGAAAAAGCAUAGCUCCAGUUUCAUGAUAGAGAAGAGAAAGCAGUAUGAAAGAGCGAACAAUUUAGAAUUCGUGGAAGUAAGUAAACCAAACGUGAGCUUGAGGAAGCACGUUUGUCCGUAUGAAAAUUGUGGGAGAGAUUAUAAAAAGUCGUCCCAUUUGGUGGCUCAUAUUCGAACUCACACCGGCGAGAAGCCCUACGUUUGCACAUGGCCAGAAUGUUGCUGGAAAUUUGCGAGAUCUGAUGAGUUAACCAGGCACUUGAGGAAACACACAGGCGAGCGUCCUUAUCAGUGUACCGAGUGCGACUCCUCCUUUAAACGCUCGGACCACUUGGCUAUCCACAAGAAAUCUCAUUUGAGGGCCAACCUCGCCGUCGAAAUUCACAAUAAGAAUUACAUCAACGUUUAAUCGUACAAAAUAGAACAUCAUACAUAAAAAAGAUUUAUUAUGUUACAGGAUACUGACAUUAUUCAUCACAAUAAAUUGUUAAUAAUGAUAAAGAUUAUGAAGUAUUUAAUAAACGCUUAACCUUCUAGGAUGA